AUGGCAACUACCGGUGGCCCGCAUCGGUUUCUCGUUACUGGCGGGAAUGGCUUCAUUGGGUCAUAUAUAGCAAAGGCAUUAUUUUAUAAAGGCCACUAUGUUCGCAUCGCAGAUAUCAAGCGGACCUCAUAUUUCAACGAGCGCAUCUCGAAUGAGGUUCUCGUUGGAAACCUCUGCGAUCUGUCAUUUUGUGAAAGCGCUGUUCGGAGCAUGGACACGAUCAUGCAUUUUGCCGCGACAAUGGGUGGCAUGGGUGCAAUCCACGAAGCAAAUGAUUUCGUGAUUUACAAUGACAAUUCAACAAUGACAUUCAACCUCGUACAUGCCGCUGUACACCGGGGUGUUCAGCGUUUCUUCUAUGCAUCCUCUGCCUGUAUUUAUCCGACAUCAUUACAGCACCAUGGAACGAACCCCGUAUCCCUCCGCGAGCAUGACGUAUGGUCUUCUGGGGCCCCAAAUCCACAAGGCCUCUACGGUCUCGAAAAGCUGAACUCCGAGCUGCUUUUGAUGCAGUUUGUCGAGAAAAUGCAGAUACGCAUUGCUCGAUUUCAUAACAUUUUUGGCCCAUACGGCUCAUGGGUUGGCGGGCAUGAAAAGGCGCCUGCUGCGCAGCUCAGAAAGGCGCUCGCUGCACACAUGAUUCCCAGCACACGGCAUGAAAUUGAGAUCUGGGGAGAUGGGAAGCAACAGCGAAGUUUCCUCUAUAUUGACAAUUGUGUCGAAGCGAUUCUCCUUCUCCUUGAAUCCGACUGCAGCGAACCAAUUAACAUUGGAUCUGACUGCUCGGUGACUAUCGACGACCUCACGAAGAUUGCCGUGCAAUCUGCAGGCAUGGACGUAGGAGAUUUCCAUUUCAGAUACAUGGAUGAUUCCCGUCCUGUCGGCGUCCAUGCCCGCAAUUCAAACAAUGAGUUCAUCACGAAGACAUUGAACUGGACUCCAAAGAUAACCUCGAGGCCGAUGCUCGACGGCAACGACAUGGCUGCCCGGACAGAGCUGCUGAGCAGUUUCAAAACGAACAAGGUCUCCCGUGGUCUUGAGGGACCCGAGAAGAGCCUCGAAAACCUUCGGAGCUUUGCGAAGUCCCUUGCGCGCACUACAUGGCGUGACACCCACGAACUUGGACUCGUCCACUUUCAGGUGAAGAUAUACUUGGGAGUUGACGCCGACGAUGAGUUUCUCCUUCGCCGCGAGGGAAACAGCGAAAUCUUAAACAUUGAAUCACUCUUAUCAGAGGAGGGAAUCACGAAUGUUUCUACAGAGAUAUGCAACGUGCCUCGCGGUCAUGUCUGCGCCAUUUGGCGCCAGUGUGCACAUCGGGCUUGGAAGGAAAAAGCGGACUAUUUUUUCACGCUAAUUGUACAGCACGGACAUGUCUCUCAAGGUAUGGGAUGCGUCGCCUUCACAAAUGUGACUUUUCCCGGAAUGCCCACGUUCCCCAUUGUCCACCGCACUCAUAUGAACGCCUUUGGCAGCAAAGUCAUACCCAAGGUUUUUAUUAAUCAAGAUAGGGACCCGUUCCUCUUCCAGCUGUACCGCAAAUGUGGCUGCUGUCGAAUGAUACCAUCAAGCCUCUCCAACGGCAUUGGUGGAAGCCUAUCUGCACGCUACAUUCAGCAACAUGCGGAUGGAUGGACGUUCGGUCUGUUGACCGAGGCAGCAAUGCUAGUGUUAGAAGCAUCAUUGACGACAUCUUUCCCGGCCGCUACUCGUAAAAUGACCUUGGACAUUAUCAUUCCAAGCUAUCGGGUCCUGCUCCCUUUCCUCGAUGCCAUCCUUGCCCUCAAGGAGUCUCCGACUUGUGAAACUAUGUUCAUCAUCAUCAUCGACAACCCGCACUCCCCGAACACCACUGAGCUAGAGGCAAAGUACGCCCAUCGCCCAGACAUCCGUAUCCGUGUCAAUGAAAGUAACCUUGGCGCCUCAGCGUCACGAAACAGAGGCAUGAAGGAAUCUGCAGCGGAUUGGAUUCUAUUUCUUGACGAUGAUAUCACACCUCAAGAUGACAUUUUGAUCGAGGCUGAGAAAGCCAUUCGCUCGAAUCCACAGGCUGCUGGUUUCAUUGGAAACACCUAUUUCCCGGUUGCCAGCACUAUCUUCACCAAUGCUGUCCAUCUUGCUGGCGUGACUUACUUCUGGGAUAUCGCUGCGAAAAUGCCACAGAACGAGAGUGACAUGCCCUGGGGUGUCACAGCCAAUCUCAUUGCUCGCCGUGUUCAGGACGGCGUGGAAUUUGACUUGCAGUUCCCGAAAACAGGCGGAGGAGAAGACAUCGAUUUCUGUCGGAAGAAACGUGACUUCUCUGUUGCUCACGGGGGCGAAGGAUUCUAUCCUGCUCCUCAUGUCGUCGCAACUCACCCUUGGUGGAGUGAUGGCCAAAGAUCAUACUGGCGUUUUUACAUGUGGUCCAAAGGCGAUGGGGGGCUCAUAAAGCUUUACCCAAAUCUGACGUAUCUAGAUCACACUCCCAACAGCGCAGAGCUGUUCCUGAUUAGCACAGCAUCGACAAUCCUAGGUGCAUUCACAUACCUCUUCACAAGGAGCUCUGUCGUGUUCAUUGUUUCAAUGAGCCUCGCAAUGGCGACGGUCAUUGCAAACAUAGUGCAUGAUAUGUACCGCCAUUUGUGGAGAGAUACGAAUCGCACAAAAGCUCUCAGGUCUUCACUGAGAGGACUAGGAUGGGCUGUCGCAAUUGCCGAAAGUGCGCUGAUCAGGAUGGCGAGCGAGGGUGGGAGGUUGAUCGGCCUACUUGAGCGUGGAGAAAUUAUGCUCAUUGGGCACAGGUUUGACUGGUUCACGGGGAGGGCAGGAGACGGUCCGAUGAACGAGGAAAUAUUGAAUGGACAACAGAGAAUGGCACUAGUGGUUCUCAUCUUUGGUGUGUUGUGUUUCAAGUUUUGUUACUAG